UGGACGGACGCAGUGCCAUGGCUCUGUCGCUCGGGGGUGCCAGUAGUUGGAGUGCUGGGAGCGAAGUGACGUCACGAAACGAAGAUAACGAACCGGUCCAAGAAGAUGAUUCUGGGAUGUCCGGGGUAGAGGAGGCUGAGGAGGAGGAGGAAGCGGGGAAGGAAGAGGAAGAAGAAGAGGGAGGAGGAGGAGGCGAGGUUGAGGACGAGGAAGAGGAGGAAGGAAGAGAGGAAGGAGGAGGAGGAGGAGGAGGAGGAGGAGGAGGAGGCGACGAGGAAGAGGAAGAGAGAGAAGGAGGAGGAAGAAGCGGACGUCUUUGGCCGCUGGUGGCCCUGUCGCGCGCCUCGAAGGGCGUGCUCGGAGCCCGAGUCAUGCUGGCCUGCAAGCUGUCCUGCGUCCUGCUCGUGGCCUUCGCGGCGGUGCAGAGCAGCAGAGGUCCAUUGGUCCAGACAACCCCUGCCGCCCAGCCCUUCUUCCCGAGACACUCCCUGGUCUCGGACUUCCACACGGGGGAUAUUGUGGCCCUGACCGAGCGCCUGCUGGCCACCGACAUCUCCUUGGUGGUGUACUAUGCCCCUUGGGACAGGGAAUCCCAGGCGGUCCGGUGGGAGAUUGAGAAAGUGGCCAGAUACCAUCAUGAACAGGUUUACUUCGCGGCGAUCAACUGCUGGCACCCAAACUCAGAGUGCCGCGCACGCUACAAGAUCCGCACAUUCCCAGCCAUUGUGCUGCAUGUCCGCUCCUCCUCGGGCCAAGAGACCAAGGCCAUGGCCUAUGGGGGUCCACAUAAUGCUGGCCACAUUGUGCGCUUCCUAUCACGUGCUCUGCGACCCUUGACCCAUGUGUCUAGCCAUGCUGACCUGGCCAGGCUGCAGAUGGAGUUUAGUGCGACCGUCCUAGGCUACUACGACUUCACGUCCUCUGUGCAUCUCCCUAAGGGCUUCAUGUCAUUCUACUUGGCCUCGCUCCGUGCCUUACAACACGACAACACCAACACCAUAGCCUGGGGCGUGGUCACUAAUCCCCAGACGGCCCGAGCGCUCUCCUUCAACGGCACCAAGUCCGUUCAUCUGGUGCUCUGGAACACCACGCUGUCAUUCACAGGCGCUGCGAAUGCUGACAGCGAGGGCAUCAGCAACUGGGUGCUGAAGAGACUGGAUGAGACGGCAGCAUGGGUAGACCUUCCGGGCACCAAGAGUCUGGCCCUGGACCGGCUGCUGCAGAAGGGGCCUGCGCUAAUUCUCUUCACCCCAGAUAACCCCUAUCACACAGCCAACGAUCCCUUUAAUUUGCUCCGCGAAGUCUCACUAGACUACAAUAAUUGCAAUCGAUCAACACGAGUCAACAAUUUGGCUAACUACCUUGGUUCAGUGCGAUCCAGAGGGCGAAGGCAACUGCGACAGGCUGAGCGGGUCUGCAAAAACUACCUCCAAGAACAGCUGCGCAUCUUGCAUCUUUCCCGAGAGCAACUAAAUCUAGAAGACGAGACAUGUUGCCGCACCAUGCCAGGAGAGCGCACUGUGUCCCCUGGGGGAAGCCACCACGACAAGGUGUGCGAUGUGUGUGUCCACCCGGCCAGCAAACCUACCAGCCCUGAGCACAUGCACUGCACCAAGCCAACUUCAUGGGAGCAAGAGUCCAGUCUCCUCCAGCACGUGAACACGCUCAUGUCCGUGUUCAGUGACUCCUGCCGGGAGCUGGUCCUGCAGUACAGCCCCUGGGAACACUACUCGGUGUGCUGCCAGCGGAACAGCACUCCUGCCAAGACCAAAACCUCGCCCAAAACCCCCGUUGCCGAGGAGAAGAAAGUGGCAGAUGAUGUGGUUAUGGAGGGCCACACCGAUGACCGAAUAGAGAAACUGGUUGCCUUUGCCGCAGAAGACCAGUGCAAGCGACUGUUCCAUGGGUCCCUCCUGGCUCCCCCCUCCUUGCUCAAGGAGCAGCAUGAUGCCCCAGACAUAACAGGCCUGGGCUGCCAGAGGAACCAUACCCUUUCCUUUGCUGCUGUGGACUCGCUGCGUCACCGCCGGCUGGCUGAGCGACUGGGCAUCAACCUGACUUCGCCAGAACCACACAACACGGCCGUAGUCAUCCUAGACACCCAGCGGGAGGCCCACUUCGUCAUGGACGCUCCGCUCUCCAAAGCUGCGCUGGCCGCCUUUGUGCUCAACUAUACCAGUGGUAGUUUGGACAGGACCAUGCUGUCUGGGGGCUCGGUGAGAGGGUCAAGGUGUGAGGAGGGCCAGGUGUGCAUUCGGGAGCUGACGUCUAGGGACUACGCAGAGGUCACGCAGGAGCCAGGAAAGAUGGUGGUGGUGCUCCACUACAGUGGGAAUUGUGCUGCUUGUACCACAGUUGGCCAUGUUUUAAUGGCUGUGGCGCAGGCGGCCAGACACCUGCCCAACAUCACCUUUGCCAGGAUUAAUGUUGCCACCAACACGCUUCCCUGGAACCUGCACUUUGAUGCGCUCCCAACCAUCAUUGUUCAUCCGCAUGUCCACAAAAGUGAGAGCAGAAUUUUCGACCUGAGUCAGCAGCUGACCCCGGCAAACCUGAUGUCAUUCCUAGUGAGCAGCCUUGGCCCUGCUCACCGCCUGGCCCUGGCACUCUCUGUUUGCCAAGACCAGUGCCAGGAGCAGGUCUUGCGUGCAGCCAGGCUGGCCACCACGCAGCUCCACCACUCCCUCACGGCCAACACCACUCGGCUCCUGCAGGUGUUGGAGAGGAUCACAAGCCUCACCAAAGGGGCAGUAGGGUCCAGGGGGAAGGAGUCUCUUCAUGAGGAUGCCCAUUACCGCGUAUUGACGCAGGCCAAAAAACUCAUCGUCAGGGACAUCAAGCGGCAGAGAAUGAAGCUCACAUACCUCAGAGAAAUUCAGAGACUGUUCUCGGUGGGAUCAGAGGAGGGGAAAGAGGUGGAGGAUGAGAGGGAGCUUCUGCUACCAGGGGAGGGAGACCCAAGGCAUCAGGGGGAGCUGUUGAGGACUCUGAACUCCCUCAUGAGGAAGGGCUCCCCCGCGCCGAAAGACGUAGCCAGCCUCUCUGGCGAAGAGCCCUCUCACAAGCCCACCCAUGAUGAACUCUAGCCCCACGAGUGGCCUGGGGGGUGUUUGUCCAUGGGGGGAAGCCACCUGUUUUACGUCUGCUGUGAUAUACACAUUACUAUAAUAGAUAAUGGACAUAGACAUGCAUACAUAUAUAUAUAAAUAUAUAUUUGUAUAAAGAGAUUGAUAGAAAUAAUUUGAUAUGUAAAUAUUGCUCUUACCACAAUUCUGUCUGUCCUUAUAGUUAAUUAUGAAGUGUGCUUUGGUUUUUGUCUUAAGAAUCAUUUAUUUUUUUGUGCUUCAUCUUUUUUAUUGGCCCUAAAACACUUGAAAAGAAUAAAAAAAAAUUACUUAAAAAGAUGAAAAAAAAAGGUUAUAUUUAACAAAUGGUGUCUGUGAUGGGGUCUUUUCCCAACUUGUUUUGGAAUGCAACAUUGAUAUUUUCAAAAAAAGAAAAAGGAAAAUUGGCUGAGACAAAUCAUUUCCCACUUCUGAAAAAAUACUGCACUUCACAUGUGUCUUGGCAUUUGUUCUAAAUUUGGAGUUUCCUUAGUGUUUGAGAUUGUGGUGUGAUGACGUGCAGAUAAAGUGAUGUUGUGAGUGAAUGAAUUGACAUCUUUAUUUAGUAAAAGAGUUAAACAUGUUAAGGAAUUAAUGAAUAGCCUGAUUUAUAUUGCAGUUUACAAUGAAAAAAUAUUUCUAACGGGAUAUAUUGUUCCCUCUCUUCUGCCUAUUAUAUUUUUUAUCUUAUGUUUACAAGAUUAUGACAAAAUGUUUUGCUUAUAGUUGUAAAUCAUAUAGUUCUACUAUUUUCAUCUAAUAGUUUUGGUGGGGUGUUGGGAAAAAGGGGAAAAAAGAAUCCUUGUUGUAGGAUAAUAAAUCUUCAGCGUCAUUUAAGGUACAUGAGAAUGCAAAUGUUUAAUUGUAGUUUUGGCAAAACUUGACAUUACAUGCAUUACAAGUGUAGCUUAGAUUUCAUCAAUUUUUUCUUUUUCUUUUGGUAUUUGUGUUUCUUCUUCAGGUUUUGGCUUGCUCAAAUAUCUUUUCUCAUAUUUACACAGACAAUGAAGGGGAACAGAGAGAGAGAGAAAGAGAGAAAGCUUGAAUAUGUUGUUUGUGUUUGUUUGAUUAUCAGGUUUUUCUUGGUACUUUUUGCAUUAGAAAGAAGAAAAAGAAAAAAAUGCACCUGGAACAUUAAGACGUACUUAAUUGAAAUGAGCAUUAAUUUGAUUCAGAGAAAUGGAAAUUAGAUAACAUUUUUGAGAGUUUUGAUUACUAAUGUAAAUUUUCUUAUUUGCCUUUGAUAUAGAAUUUCAUUGACUUUAAAAGAAGAAAAAAAUCCAUUAAUGCAAUGAUAACUUUUAAAAACCUUCUGUUUUGCAUUUUUUGUCAUCAGCAUUAUAGAUGAAAUUAAUCCUGCCUCUUUGGUCUUGCUUUACAAAAAAAAAAAAAUAAAAGAUGUUGGAAAUUGCUCAAAGUAUUUUGGAAACGGCUCUCCACCAUUCCAUCUUGUGAACGGUUCUGGAGGCAUGUACCUUGGGGUUGUGUUUUAUUGUUAGUGCUUAUAAGGUGGAAUGUAUAGUCAUAUCUUUUUUUUUUUUUUUCUUAUUCGCAUAUCUGUGUAUAUAAUUUGUGUUGUUUGUUUGUAUUUCCUUUUAUUGUUGUCCCUGUUGUAAAUGUGUGUUUUUUUUUUUCUUUUCUUUUCUUUCUCUUUUCUCUCUCUUUCAUUCUCUUCUAAUCUGUCUUUCCUUUCCUGUUUAACAUUAUGAUAAAAAAAAAAAAGAAGAUAAUAAAUUUUUCUACGAUUUUGUGCUAUCAUGAGCCUGAAUUCUACGUCAUUUUACGUAGCCGUUGGUUUGCAUUUUGACCUUGACUCCCUCGCAAAAAGUCUAACGCUGCACGGAAUUCCUUUUCAGUAAGUCAGGUGCAGCAGAUUUUUAUUUUUUUAUUUUUUUAUUUAUUUAUGUAUUUUUUUUUUUCCCCCCCCAAAAAAAAAUUUGUUCAGAAUGGAUACAUUUUUGAGAAUGGGUGGAUCUCUAAGAAUAUUAUUAUUAUUAUUAUUAUCAUCAUUAGUAGUAGGAUGAUAAUUGAUAUUAUUAUUAUUAUUAUUAUUAUUAUCAUCAUCAUUAUCAUUAUUACUCCUCUCAUCAUUAUUAUUACGAUCAUCAUCAUUGUACUUGUUAUUAUUAUUAUAAUAAUUAUUAUUAUUGUCAUCAUUAUCAUUAUUAUUAUUGUUACUAUUGUUGUUGUUAUUAUUAUUAUUAUUAUUAUGAUGAUUAUUAUUAUUGUCAUCAUCAUCAGCAUCAGCAUCAGCAUCAGCAUUACUAUUAGCAUUACUUUUUUUAUUUAUUAUUAUUAUUAUUAUUUUUUCUUAUCAAAAAGAAAGAAAAUGUAUUGUGAGGAAGUGAAGACAAUAGCAUCAGCUGUUAACGACCUGUUCAAAUAAUCUGUCAUUUAGAGAUGUUAGGAUUGAGUCUAGAAUUAAAAGAACAUAUUGUGUGUGUUUUCUGAAUUAUUAUUUUUAGAUUUUUCUUCUUUUUUUUUCACUAUGGAUUGGAGGAAAUUAUUUUAUGUUUAUUAAUAAUGAUGAUAAUAUUGAUAAUCAUGAUGAUGAUAAUAAUAAUAGCAGUCAUUAUUGUUAUUAUUUGUAGUAUUAUUAUUAUUAUUGUCAUUAUCUUUGGUAUAAUUGCCAUUAUUAUUAGUACUAUUAUUUUCAUUAAUGAAUGAAUUAUUUAUAUUAAAGACAUUUUCUCUCACUUUGGCAAGGAGAAUAUUCCAAAAGCCAAGAAUAUUUUUAUGCCAUAAUUUUUUAAAGUAAUUAUUGCCAUAAUUAUUUUAGAACUAAUUGUAUUUUUCAAAUUUUCAACAAGAAGAAAUUUUGGAUUUCCGUUUUUUUUUUUUUUUUAAGAUUACAAUUUAGGCUUGUAUCUGCUGAAGACAAUCCAUGUUAAUAUAAAAGCAGUUCAUUAAAAUCAAUCUUGUGAUGUUCAAGAGAUCUCAGAACUAUCACGCCUAAUUUUGCCUUAAAACAUAAUUUUCUGUAGAGUUGUUAUCCAGUUAAAACCAACAUUUUCAUCAUUAAUCAUAAUUUUCUGUAGAGUACGAUCAGUUAAAACCAAUAUUUCUGUCAUUAAUUUUUUUUUUUUCCUCAUCCAUUUUAUUGAUAUGCGCUCAGGGAGCUCAUCAGAAUGAAUAAAAGCGAUAUAAGAUACUGAA